AUGUCUCAAUAUAACAUCCCACACAGCAACACAGCUCCAUACGUUAAUAACCAAAACGUCCUUCCUCGACCCAUCGAUCCUACUUCUGCAAAGGCAGAGCGUGCGAGAAAAGCCGAACAAGAUCGCAAAAGAAUCAACAGCAUAAUUCCUCGUUGCGGGCCGCCCCCAGAAUUUCUUCCUAGAGAUGCAUUCGAAAGAUUCCCCGAAGGAUGGUGGAAAUGUACAUAUGCCGGAUGUUGCGUUGGAGUCCACGAUCUCGGUGAAAGAUAUUGUCCAAUUUUAGCCAGCGAGGGUGAAUAUCUGCCAGAUGGACGACAGGAGGCAAAGCGAGAUCCAAUAGAGCUUCAAGAAGGCUGGUGGUGUUGUCCUAACAAGAAAUGCAAUAUCAGAGCUAGACGUCCAUUAUAUGAGGAGAAGCGCAAAUGCAAGUGUGAGGAUAACUAUGGAAGAGAUGCAUUGAUUAGAGAACGUGAGAAGUUGGGUCUUGUGUCUUCGACAGUGGAGAAUGUUGAGGGAUGGGCUGCACAGUUGCCUGUGCUGCUAACGGAGGAGGAAAUUGAUAUUAUGGAGAGAGGUCUAGAACCGGGUUUGGAGUAUGCGUAUGAGAUUCAGGAACCGAUGAGUUCGGGUCCAGUGAAAUUGCUUUCGUUGAGGCUUCCUAAGAGACUUGGUACAUGGGAAUUAACGCUAGGAGAUAAGCCUUCGAGCUCUAAGUGA